AUGUCUUCUUCUAAACGUAUUGCUAAAGAAUUAAGUGAUCUAGAAAGAGAUCCACCUACUUCAUGUUCAGCCGGUCCAGUCGGCGAUGAUCUAUAUCACUGGCAAGCAUCCAUCAUGGGACCUGCCGAUUCCCCAUAUGCCGGCGGUGUUUUCUUCUUGUCUAUCCAUUUCCCAACCGACUACCCAUUCAAGCCACCAAAGAUCUCCUUCACAACUAAGAUAUAUCAUCCAAAUAUUAAUGCCAACGGUAAUAUCUGUCUUGACAUCCUGAAGGAUCAGUGGUCUCCCGCUCUAACUCUAUCGAAGGUCCUAUUAUCCAUCUGCUCUUUGUUAACAGACGCCAACCCUGAUGAUCCUUUAGUGCCAGAAAUCGCUCAUAUUUACAAGACUGACAGACCCAAGUACGAAGCUACAGCCAGAGAAUGGACCAAAAAGUAUGCUGUAUAA